AAGAUUGUCCCGGCGCGUGUACGGCUUACCAGUCUUCCAGAGCAAUCAAGCGCUGCCGACUUCCCUCCCCCCCAAUUCCAAUCAUCGUCCCACAUUCUUCAUGCAAAGCGAUUGAACCUUCGAACCCCUCGUCCAUCGAUAUCGAUUAAAUGAAUUGAUUGACCGGGCCUUCGUGUCUUAGUCCCGGAAAAUAACAGAAAAGAGGUCUCUAUCGUUCCAACAAAUUGACGGUCACUGCAUAACAACCAUGGCCUCCCGGCCGAAGUUUGGUGAAAACCGGUCCCCCUCCCACGACGUCCUUCGCAGCGGGGCCCCGUCUCCACGCGUUGAGCACUACGAUGGUGAAAUUCCUCCUGCGCUCUCCCCGCUCGAUGCCUUCGCCGCCCAAGGCCGUCUCCUGGCCCGUCAGUUGGAGGAAUCGGCGCGAAGGAAUCGGCGCAUGAGCCGGUUGCCCCCUUCCAGCGUGGCGCGUUCCCUGUCGCAACCUCGGCCCGGUUAUUUUCGAUCCCCAUCUUCAAGCGAUUCCUCCCAUUGCGGAAGAGGACUCGGAGGGCGCAACGAACUGUCGAGACAACCUACGCAGAAACUGAAUCCUGAGGUGGAGGAACCCAAGUUCCGUCCGCAGUCCGAACACCCUCGUCUGAGUGGGGUACCACACCUGGCUGGCGAAAUGGAAGACUACCCGGAAGAGGAUGAAGAUACUACCCCGAAGAAGGAACUGAGCGUGAACGCCUUCGACAUGCCACGCGCCGAAUCGCCAGAAGGUGCCAUUUCCUUACACAGCUCACCCGAAUCUCCACCCGAAGGCCGCCCUCGCUUCUACGCAGUCUCUCCCACCGGUCUCGCGCCGACAGGGGUGCCUCCCCCGCUGGGUGUUUCUGUGAUGGCGCCCUCCCGGACCUCUUCGACUGAUUCUGCCUCUCGCCUGAAUAUCCCGCGAGGACUGGCACCCCCAGCCUCUCCCCUGUCAAGGCCAUCUAGCAGUUCCCGAGGGGCACAGCUCGAGAGCUCCGACGACGACUAUAGUAGCUCGAAUGCCGGAUCGACGUUUUCGAAGCCCCGGAAAAUGUCCGCCAGUAGUGCUGUGUCACUACCAUACUCUUCGAUGUCGUCUUCCGUAACACGCUCGCAUCCCCGGUCGCCGUCCAUGAGCUCAGAGACUUCCAACGCGGGGGGUUACCUUCAGCGGCCCUAUAACUUUUCGCGUCCGUUAAGUCGGUCCAGCACGAGUAUCUCGGCCCCCGGUCCCAUGGGCUCGUCGGAGCCGUCGACCGCUAACCCGCAAAGCGCAAUCAAUCGCGGACACAAGCCUAGCCCAAUUGUGGUGCCAUCACCGUCGGACGUGCCCUUCAACCCGAACGAAGACCCGUCCUCUGCUGUAUCUUCAUACACCUAUGUGAGGUAUUCUCUACCUCGUGGACGCUCGGUUGCAAGGGACUCGGUAGUCUUCUCGGGCCUUCACACGCCAAACUUCGAGUGGCAGGAGCCGCUCUUUGAGAGCCCAACUCGGCACAGCACGGCGGGACCUGCUCAAUCUGUGAGGACUCCGUCCCCAUCUCCAUCCCACCACGGUUCUUUCACCUCAAGGACGCGCUCAAUGUACGAAUCUCCUUCAUCGGCCCGUCAAUUGUUGACACCGGAGCCACCUCUGCCUCAACAAACCCCGCCGUCUCCUGAAGUGAGACCAUCAUCCCACGCGGUACCUGCCGAGCCAAUGGCUGUAGCCCAGGCACCGGCUGAGGCUGAGGCUGAUGCUGAGCCCGAGCCUGAGAUCGAGCCCGAACGCAAGCCCGAGGCUGAGCCGACACCUGUUGAGCCCACUUCUACUGAACCUGAGCCCGAACCUACCGAAGCUGCCCCUAUUGAGGCUCCUAUGGAACAGCGGGACGCAGAGGUCUCGAAGAAUGAUCAUACCGAUGCCACCUCUUCUGCAGGCUCUGAAUCCACUGUCCGGCCGCAAACCGCACGGACGAAUACGACAUCGACUGUGAUUACCGCGGAUGAGCAUGUAACCAAAGGCAUCCAGUGCCACGAGAAAGGGUCUCUCAAUGAAUCGACAUAUCACCUGCGCAUAGCAGCUAAGCAAAAUCACCCGACGGGAAUGCUACUUUAUGCGUUGGCGUGCCGACAUGGCUGGGGUAUGCGACCGAAUCAACGGGAGGGUGUGCAGUGGUUGCGCAAGGCCGUGGACUCGGUUGGUAUUGAACUGAUGGACGAUUCUAACCCGACGAUUCCUGUUCGUGCGAGGGAGCUACAGAAGGCUUAUCGAGCCCAGUUUGCCUUGAGUAUCUACGAGCUUGGCGUGAGCCAUCUGAACGGGUGGGGCAUUGAGCAGGACAAAUCCUUGGCCCUGCGUUGCUUUGAAAUAGCUGGCCAAUGGGGCGACGGCGAUGCGCUAGCGGAGGCCGGCUUCUGUUACGCAGAAGGCAUUGGAUGCAAAAAGGAUCUGAAGAAAGCGGCGAAAUUCUAUCGCCAGGCGGAGGCCAAGGGCAUUAGCAUGGUUGGGAAUAGUUGGAUCUACAAGGACAAGUACAUGGACACUGAUUCCACCUCGAACCCGCGUGGUCGUGGUCCGUCUGGCAGCACCCCCGAGAAGAAGCAGCGCAGCAAAUCCCGAACCCGCAGUCUUUUCCACCGCAAAAAGUCAGUUGCAGCCGAAGCAUAGGCGGCUGUACUACCUACCUUCGUUUUUGGCCAGCCUCGAAAAAAGAAAGCAAAAGCUUCUUCCCUUGGGCUUGGCAUGGUUUAUCUUUUCAUAGGGUUUUUCUUCUUCGAUCAUCCGGUUUCUCGAGUCAACCUCAACACGCGCUGCCUGUUGAGGGACUCGAUCUUCGUUUCAUUCGUUCGGGUCUGGCCAUAGGCUGCCCUUUCCCUUCAUUGCUUUUUUUCGUCCCAUUUCGCACUAUCUGGGUUUAUUUGAUUUUUAUUUUUAUUGUUUUUUCCCUUGAGCAGGCCUUGCUAGCUGCUCCACAUCUUGGCACGGGGCCUGUGGUUUUCACUUGGCUACGCGAUCCAAUUUGCGAGCAUCGAAAUUCGUUUCUUGGAUACCCAUCGUUUUCGAAUCACUGUGUG